AUGAAUGAUGAUGUUGUGAGGGCUCACGGAGCCAGUAACGGAGGACCUGACCAGUGUCUCAGGAAACUCAUCAUCCCAGGACCGGAGGACGUGAGGCUGGCUUGGAGCCAGGAGGGCUGGAAAGGGGCGGGGGCAAAGAGGGAACAAGCGAAACCCUAGAACCCCUUCUCCCAGAAUCCCGCCCCUGCGUGCUCCCCACCCACCACUACCAUAAACCCGGUGCUAGGGAAGAGUGCAGGUCGGGGAGGUGAAUUCCCAGCCAAGAGCGGGAGCCAGGCAGGGAAGCGGGGGCGCCUGGACAAAACGAGGCAUGAGGUGUCCUCUGGACGCCGGACCCGGCCACAGCCCUGCCUGGAAGAGGCUACUUUUAACAGAGCAGGCUCUGGCAGCCGGAGAAAGUCCCCAGGCAACAGGUGCAAUGUGGCAGUUGGAAGCGGUGAGGGUGAGGCCAGCUCCAACGGAGUGAUGCUGCUGACAUUCCCUUAUGUCUUCGAGGGCGUUAUCCAGAGUGACCUCAACUACUCAGUGAUCCUGGAGUGCCUGGCUCCUUCUAUCACCCCCAAGCCCACGCUGCACUGGACCUUCAACGGGAAGCCCUACAAGAUUGGGGCUAUGCUGAUCAUCCGGAGGUUGUCCCUGGAACAUCUGGGCACCUACGUGUGCACGGCCAAGAACAGCCAGGGACAGUGUUCCUCCUAUCCUGUGACCCUCUCGCUGCCACAAGACAAUGUGGAUCCCACAGACGCUGAGCCCAUCGAGCCAGACCCCAUUCUCACCGUGUCAGGAGGAGCUGCUAUCGGCCUCCUCGUGGCUGGAAAUAUAGGGGCCAUGAUGCUGAUAGGGGGCAUAAGCCUCACCAUCGUCCAGAGCAUAAGGACUAACAGACAAAGAAUACGGAUAUGCUGCUGA